AUGGGUGAUUCAUCUCUCAGUGAUUUGAAACCUGAAUACAGGGUCGAUGGAUCAUGUUGGAAAUUCGUUCCAGUUAUUUCAGAAGGAUUUUUUAACCAGAGACCUGGUGACAUUUUCAGACAUCAUCUCAUUCUCUUGCAACUUCAAUUAGCUGUCAUUUUCACCCUUGCUGCCAUCAUUCACUUCUUUCUUGGUCGCUUCUAUUUGCCUCGUCUUAUAUCUGAAGUGCUGGCAGGGGUAAUUCUUGGACCGACUGUUCUUGGUCGAUUCUUUCCGGACAUAUCGGCAGUUUUAUUCUCCGAACAAUCGGUGAAAGUCCUGGCUACAUUGACACGGUUCGGGUACUUGUUUUUCAUGUUUUUGAUUGGUGUGAAGAUGGAUGUAAAUCUAAUCAAGAAAUCAGGUAGAAGGGAAUGGACUAUAGGCACCAUGGUGAUGUUAUUCCCCCUUCUGGUCACUGUUAUGAUUGGGAGACACAUAAGCAUAGUGGUGGACAAGGUGGAUGCACAAAGCGCCCAGUACGAGGUUUCGUUCUUCACUGGCGUACUAAUGCUAACCUCAUUCCCUGUGGUAGCCAUACUUUUAAUGCAACUCAAGAUCAUUAACUCAGAGUUGGGACACCUUACAUUGUCAUCAGCAUUGAUUAGUGACAUGGUAAGUUUAGUAAUGGUAAAUAUAGGUAACUACAGGGUAAUAAUGUUAUUGGCAUCGUUACGUGUAGCUCUCAAGUCUCUGUUCCUCGUUGCCGUCCUUAUCGUGUUUAUCCUAACGGUUUUACAACAAAUGUUAUACUGGAUCAUCAGAAAAACUCCUGAAGGAAAGCCUGUCAAAGAUGAGUACAUUUUCUUUGUUGUUAUAGCAUUACUAGUUGUUGCAAUAGUUGGUGAAAAUGUUGGACUUCAAUACAUGUAUGGUCCUUUUAUACUAGGCUUGACAGUACCAACAGGACAUCCCUUAGCUUCAACUCUGAUAGAAAAACUAGACACUAUUGUAUCAGGUUGGAUGCUGCCACUUAUGUCGACUUAUUGCGGAUACCGAUCAAAUCUAUGGAACCUCAACAGACUACCUCCUUACUGGAUAAUGUUCGCAGUAACUUUCGGUUUUUUUCUGAAAGUAGCCUGUGGGUUCAUUCCUGCAUUUUGUUUCAAAGUGCCUUGUAAGGAUGCUACAGCAUUGGCAUUGAUGUUGGCUGCCAAAGGCAUUGUUGAAUUAGGUACUUUUGCAACCAAUGCAGAAAAGCAGUCCACCGUUACUCAAGAAUUCACCUGGGCUGUAAUAAUUGUAUUCAUUUUCGCAGCACUUGUGCCGAUACUUACCAGAAAGCUUUAUGAUCCAUCAAAGACAUACGCAGGUUACCAGAAAAGAACCGUGUUGAACUCUUCCAUAAACGAGGGUGUCCGAAUGCUAGCCUGUGCUCAUAGACAAGAUGAUGCAUUGUCUGCGAUCAAGUUACUUCAACUUUCAAAUCCUAGUACCGGGAGUCCCUUGUCGGUUUACGGGCUUUACUUGGAAGAACUAGUGGGUGGAGCGAGUCCUCUCCUUCUUAAUCAUCAAUUAGGCCAAAGGAGUUCUAGCGAUGGCGGUCGUUGGCAACCAAUCAUCGAUGUUUUCAAUUACUUUAAGUCCCAAAGUAGUAAACCAACUCAAGUGCAUGUCUACACAGCAAUAUCACCUUCCUCAUUGAUGCAUGAAGACGUUUGUUGGGUUGCCUUUGAUAAUUUAGUAGCUUUAAUAAUACUUCCAUUUCAUAGGAAAUGGAACAGGAAAGGGAAACUAAUCUCUGAUUCCAAAGAUUUGAGGGACUUCAAUACUAAAGUGAUGAACAAGGCUCCUUGUUCAGUAUCCAUUCUAAUCGAUCGUGACCGAGGUCGUAAUUCAUCGAUCAUAGACGAAUCAUCCACAUAUAAUAUAUGUGUGGUUUUCUUGGGUGGGAAGGAUGACAGAGAAGCUCUUUCCAUUGCAAGAAGGAUGAAAGGAUGGCCUUCGGUUUUCCUAACCGUUAUUAGGUUAAAGGAAACAAAGGAUAUGAUCACAGGAUGGGAGGGUAUGAUGGAUGACGAAUGCUUGAGAGACAUUAAACACCCAAGCAAUGAAAAUGGUAAUGUUUUGUACAAGGAAGAGAUAGUAAGACAUGGAGCAGAUACAUCUGCACUCAUUGGGUCCAUAUUGGAUGAAAACUUUGAUCUUAUAUGUGUGGGACGACACUCACAAUGUGACUCACCACUCAUAGAAGGCUUAUCAGCAUGGACUGAUUUACCAGAGCUUGGGACCAUUGGGGACCUGUUAGUUUCUGCAGAGAUCAGUAAACCAAUAUCUAUCCUUGUGGUUCAACAACAGGUUAUUGAAAAAUGA